AUGGGUUCAACUUGUAAAUGUGAGUUCAGAAGAACUGAAACACUUGAAAGUGAAAUAACUUAUUUAUCCAAAAAUAAACAUUUCAAACAACAAAAGAAAUUAAAUGAUCAACCAACCAUGGCAUGCCUAAUGUCAAAUGUAAGAGCCUUUUAUAUAAUCUAUCCUAAAAAGAAUGAGAAUCUUAUCUCAUUAUAAUAAAACCUUCAAGAUUUGAAUAAACAUAAUGAAUAUGAGAUAGAAGAAUGUUUUGAAUUAAUUUCUGAUAAUUCUUAUCAUAAUGUAGAAAGCUGUUUCAAUAUUAAUGGAAUCUCAUAUGGAUCAUUUAAAAUGAUUAAUCCCAAUAGUGAAAAAGAAUUUCAAUGA